CCUUCAUUCCCUUACAACAUAUUUUCCUCCAAAUUCUCCCACUACAAACCUUGCCCUACUACUACAUCUACAACUAGUACGAGGACUCAAGAAACCAAAAGUUCUCCCACACACUUUCUUUCUACUCUAACCAACACACACAUAUAAAAAAAAAAAGGACAUCCUCCACACCAUGCUUUCAACACUACUCUCCGAUGCCUACAGAUCCCAUCCUCUCAAUCUCCACAAUAAAUUUUUGGACCUAAACUCGGUCAAGGAGUUGCCCGAUACCCAUGCAUGGACGUCGCAGCUCGACGGCUACCCCUUGUCCUCUCCCGGCGGCUGUGGUGGCACUUGCCAUUCCGAAAUGGUCCCUAUCAUCGAUCUAAAUAACGAGAACGCCACCGAACUCAUCGGCCAUGCAUGCAAGAGUUGGGGUGUUUUCCAAGUCAUUAAUCACAAUAUCCCCAUGAAUUUGCUUGAUGAAGUUGAGUUGGCUGGAAAUAAGCUCUUCUCCCUCCCCAUGCACCAGAAGCUCAGGGCGGCUCGCCCGCCCGAUGGCAUAUCGGGCUACGGUGUGGCCCGUAUAUCUUCUUUCUUCUCUAAGCUCAUGUGGUCGGAAGGUUUCACCGUCGUCGGUUCGCCUCUUGAACAUGCCCGACAACUUUGGCCUCAUGACUACCACGAAUUCUGUGAUACGAUAGAAGACUAUCAGAAAUCAAUGAAAAAGCUCGCGGGUCGACUCAUGUGGUUGAUGCUCGGUUCGUUAGGCAUAACAAACGAAGACGACAUCAAAUGGGCUAGCCCGGCAGGAGAAGCCGGAGGAGGAAAUGCGGCCAUACAAUUAAAUUCUUACCCGGCUUGUCCGGACCCAGAUAGGGCCAUGGGGCUAGCGGCACACACGGAUUCCACCCUCCUCACGAUUCUCCACCAGAGCAACACUAGCGGACUACAAGUGUUCCAGGAGGGAAGCAAGCGGUGGAUCACGGUACCACCCCACCCGGGAGCGCUAGUGAUCCACGUGGGAGACCUCAUGCACAUACUAUCGAACGGUUUGUACCCUAGUGUGCUCCACCGUGCGGUAGUGAACCGGACCCGACACCGGUUGUCUAUAGCCUACCUAUAUGGGCCACCAUCAAGUGUCAAAAUCAGCCCACUUCCCAAACUAGUAGACCAUUUCCACCCCCCACUCUACAGGCCAAUCACUUGGAGUGAAUAUCUGGGCACUAAGGCCAAGCAUUUCGACAAGGCACUCACAUCAGUACGGUUGUGUGCUCCUCGAAAUGGGUUUGUCGAUACCAACGAUCAUAACAGUGUACAAGUCGGAUAGAAUUAAAAUUAGUUAUAAUUAAUGAUAAUAACCAUAUAUUUAACUUAACUGCACCAUUUUUAUUUUUAUCUUUUUUUUUCAUUCGUCGAUGUUCUAAUUUGUAAUAAAAGAUUCAGACAAGAAUAUUUGUCUUCGCAUAGACCGGAAAAAAAACUCUUAAUUUGAAUAUGUGGAAGGAAAGGACAGAGAAACCGACAUGUUUUAUUCCCCGGAUAUAAAGGAAAU